UGUGUGUGUGUGUGUGUGUGUGUGUGUCAGAGAGAUAGACGGCGAUGGAGAUGGUUCUACAGCACUAACUGAUUUAGUUUCCAGGACACAACCGGAUUUCUAUUAGUAAUAGACCAAACAAGUGUGUGUUUGUGUGUGUGAGUGUGUGUGAGUGUGUGACGCCGGAUUUCUUUUAGUAAUAGAUCACGCGAGUUGUCUUGCUUUGUGCAACUACUCCAACUGAUUUAGUUGAGAGAUCGAUCGAUCGUGAGUGUGUGUGUGCGUGUGUGUGUGUGAACGUCGCCGAUGGAGAUGGCUGUUGUGCCCGAUGUGUGCGCGUCGGGCGAUGGACCCACACUAACGUUCCAGAACCUUCACUACGUGAUCCGGGAGAGAACCAGCCCCUGCACACGCUCACGAGAGGAGAAGGACAUCCUCAAGAACGUCAGUGGGAUCCUGAAAACUGGCAUGAAUGCCAUCAUGGGGCCAACAGGAAGUGGCAAAACUUCGCUGCUGGACGUCAUUGCGGGGAGGAAGGACCCCCGUGGUCUGCGCGGUGGGCAGGUCCUUGUUGACGGACAGCAGGUGACCUCUGAACUCCGGCUAAGCUCCGCCUACGUGGUGCAGGACGACAUCCUAAUGGGAACGUUGACAGUCAAAGAGAGUCUUCUCUUCUCCGCCAAUCUGAGGUUGUCACGGAAACUGCAUUCCGAUCACGCUAAGAAGGAAAGAGUGGAGAGCAUCAUCAGAGAGCUGGGCCUGCAAGACUGUGCCAACACCAAGAUAGGUACGGAGUUCUUGAGGGGUGUGUCGGGAGGCGAGAGGAAGCGCUGUAGUAUCGGCAUGGAGCUCAUCACCGCUCCCUCCCUCCUCUUCCUGGAUGAACCAACCACAGGGCUCGAUUCCAACACAGCCAAUAGCAUCAUGGCCCUACUGCACAGGUUAUCUCGGAGUGGUAAGACCAUCAUCUUCUCCAUCCACCAGCCGCGCUACUCCAUCUUCAGGCUGUUUGACCACCUCACGCUGAUGCACAAGGGGGAAGUGGUGUACGCCGGCCCCACCAGCAAGACCAUGGACUACUUCCAGAGCUUAGGCUAUGAAUGUGAGCCCUUCAACAAUCCUGCAGAUUUCUUCCUGGACAUUACCAACGGAGAAGCCAAACCCCAAUCCAAGCCAGACACAGAGGAGAAGUCUUUGGCUGCUCAUUAUCAGGAGUCAUCAUUCUACCAUGACAUCACAAAGGAGCUCUCCAGUGUGAUUGGCCCAGCUGGCUCUCUCUCCAGGGUGACCCGCCUUCAGCAGUCUUAUGCCACCUCCUUCUUUUACCAGUUACAGGUGGUGUGUUGGCGAACUCUGCUGAAUAUUGUGAGGAAUCCGCAGACUUCUUAUGCUCAGCUGGCACUUCAGGUGUUUUUUGCCCUGCUGGUGGGACUCAUCUACUUCCAAAUACCACACACCCUCCCUGAGGCCUUACAGAACAGGGUUGGAGCAUUCUUCUUCCUCGUCAUCAACAUGGUGUUUGGAAACCUGUCAGCCGUGGAAUUGUUCAUCAAUGAGAGAGCACUGUUUGUGCAUGAGAAUUCUGGUGGAUAUUAUCGCACAUCGGUCUACUUCCUGUCUAAGAUGUUUAUAGACCUGAUUCCAAACCGUAUCAUCCCAAUAUUCGUCUUCUCAAGUAUAUCCUACUAUAUGAUGGGACUGAAGCCGGCGUUCACAGCGUUCCUGCUCUUCUCGUUGACCAUGUCUAUGGUCAGUCUGGCCGCCGUGUCUCUGGCCUUCCUGGUUAGCGCCAGUGUGAGCUCCUUCGCCAUGGCAAACAUCCUCAUCGCCCUGCCCUUCGUCUUCAUGAUGGUGUUUGGUGGUUUCCUGGUGAAUCUUAAUGCAAUGCUCAGUUGGUUGUCAUGGCUGCAGUGGGUUAGCGUAUUCAGAUAUGGAUUGCAGGCUGUGACCAUCAAUGAAAUGAGGAACCAGGUUUUCACCAGCAACUUUACUUUUUUAACAGGGGAGAUGUAUAUGGACCAGCAGGGUAUAGACUACAGUCUGUGGGGUUACACACACACACACACACACACACACACACACACACACACACACACACACACACACACACACACACACACACACUAAUUCUCUGUGUCUCAGUUUAACAGGGGAGAUGUAUAUGGACCAGCAGGGUAUAGACUACAGUCUGUGGGGUUACACGCACACACACACACACACACACACACACACACACACACACACACUAAUUCUCUGUGUCAGUUUAACAGGGGAGAUGUAUAUGGACCAGCAGGGUAUAGACUACAGUCUGUGGGGUUACACACACACACACACACACACACACACACACACACACACACACACACACACACACACACACACACUAAUUCUCUGUGUCUCAGUUUAACAGGGGAGAUGUAUAUGGACCAGCAGGGUAUAGACUACAGUCUGUGGGGUUACACGCACACACACACACACACACACACACACACACACACACACACUAAUUCUCUGUGUCUCAGUUUAACAGGGGAGAUGUAUAUGGACCAGCAGGGUAUAGACUACAGUCUGUGGGGUUACACACACACACACACACACACACACACACACACACACACACACACACUAAUUCUCUGUGUCUCAGUUUAACAGGGGAGAUGUAUAUGGACCAGCAGGGUAUAGACUACAGUCUGUGGGGUUACACACACACACACACACACACACUAAUUCUCUGUGUCUCAGUUUAACAGGGGAGAUGUAUAUGGACCAGCAGGGUAUAGACUACAGUCUGUGGGGUUACACACACACACACACACACACACACACACACACACACACACACACACACACACACACACACACACACACUAAUUCUCUGUGUCUCAGUUUAACAGGGGAGAUGUAUAUGGACCAGCAGGGUAUAGACUACAGUCUGUGGGGUUACACACACACACACACACACAC